GCUCCGGGCGACAGCAGCAAGCGGCAGCAUCCUCGUCGCUCGGCAUGAAGUCCGCCGCCGUCUUGCUGGCCGGGCUGCUGGCGCUGACAGCCUAUUACGUCUACCUGCCUUUGCCCAGCACCGUCUCGGAUCCGUGGCGGCUCAUGCUGCUGGAUGCGGCCUUCAGGGUCGUUCAGCAAUCGUGUAACCUGGCUCAUUACCUGGGACUCGGCCAUCACCUGCGAGUGCUGAACUUUGUCAUCGGCACAUUUGAGACAUUCAAUAAUCCACAGUUUUCUGAACUUGUGACGAUAACGGACACUCAGUUUGACGGCGUGGAGGUUAGAGUGUAUGAACCUUCCGCAGCAAGGGAGAAGACGCUGAAGCGCAGUGUGGUCUACAUCCACGGUGGAGGGUGGGCCUUGUCCAGUGCAAGAGGAAGUUACUACAAUAACCUCUGCUUGACUAUGGCUGAAUCUCUGGGUGCUGUAAUUGUCUCGAUUGAGUACAGGUUGGUGCCGGACUUCCAUUUCCCCACGCAGUUCCACGACGUCCUACGUGUAGCAAAGCACUUCAUGCUCCCCGAGGUCCUGGCUCGGUAUUCGGUUGAUCCCAGCAGAGUGGCAAUCUCCGGCGACAGCGCAGGAGGGAACUUGGCUGCUGCCGUGUGCCAGGAGAUGAGUCAAGAGGAGAAUGUCACCAACAGAUUUAAACUGCAGGCGCUGAUUUAUCCGGUCCUCCAGCCCUUUGAUUUCAACACUCCCUCGUACCAACAGAACGAACUUGCGCCUGUCCUCCCCCGCUUUGUCAUGGUGAAGUUCUGGAUCGACUAUUUUGAUGGAAACUAUGAUUUUGCCCACUCCAUGGUGAUCAACAACCACACGUCCCUCGACGUGAACCAGGCCGGUUCCUUCCGAGAACGGCUGGACUGGACUUUCCUCCUGCCUUCGAGAUUCAGAAAGAGCUACAAACCCAUCACACACCCCACAGGCAAGGCAGAAAUCAUCCAGGACAUGCCUUCAUUGCUGGAUGUUCGCGCCGCCCCCUUGCUAGCUGAGAAAGAGGUUUUCCGCCUCCAGCCGAAGACUUACAUCUUGACGUGUGAGAUUGACGUACUGAGAGACGAUGGGCUCAUGUAUGCCAAGCGGCUAGAGAAAGCCGGGGUGGAGGUGACCGUCGAUCAUUUCGAAGACUGUUUUCAUGGCUGCAUGAUCUUCACUGUUUGGCCCACCAAUUUUGCUGCAGGACUUCACACCAGGGACAGCUAUCUCAAGUGGCUUAGUCAAAACCUGUGAAGAUAGGAGUCCCCACUUUCCCCCCGCCCCCCAAAAAACCACACAUAACUAACUGGUUCCAAAAUGACGUGAACUCCUUAUGCAAUCUUGUGCCAUCCGUUGUAAGACUUCAUUGGAGAGCUUCUGUUACACCAUACUGUCUGUCACUAUUGUCUUUGUCUGACUUGCUUGGAUUCUGUGUUGCUGUUUGGUGGGGAAAGUCUACAUGCAAUCUUCAACCCCGAUCCUAAAAUGCAUUGCGAGGAAGUAAGAGUUGAUCUACGCAAGCAGCAGAAAGAGUUGGUGGACCAGGCUGUACCACUUUGGACUGCAGGGGGGAGGAUGCCGUCUUUGAAUACUUGUCCAUAAUUGACACAUCAGUGAGAAAGAUUCUAUUCCAGCCCUCUGCCUACUGUGCUAAUGUUCUACUUACAAGAACGGUGUGGGUAUGGGUGUGUUUCAAAAACAGGGAAGUGUUCAUAAAUGUAAUUUUCCCUGCCUGCAGUGUAAAGUGGUUGAGUCCAUUCUACUACUUCGUUCUGCUGCAUGUCUAGACCAGGCCUGAGUUCCGUUCCAAGCCAUGGCCCCUACGGGCAGAAUAAGUGCAUUUAGGGUGGAGGUGUUUGAUAAGCUAAUCCUUGUUGACUUUAGCAAACAUACUCCCUGUUGCCAUCCUAAAUUUGCAUUCAUUGAUCCUGAAUGUUUAAUAUUGACCGGUUGACUAGGGGGCACUAUGCUUAAUACACCACCACUGCCAGAAACUAAGAUUAGAGGAAGCAGCUUAUCCAUCAAGCCUCUGUAGCUUGUGAUCUGUCAAGCUGAAUGCAGCCCAUCCACCAUGGAUGAUCACCUGUCAGGUGUUUGCCAUCCCGGCCUGCUUUUGCAUUUUUGGGGCAGACAAUCCAAAAGAGAGGUUCAGGAAGCCGCAGGCUAAAUGGAGAGCAGUGGGCUAUACAUUGUGGCGGGGGGGGGGGUAGACUUAUUCUUCCCAUAUAAAGUUCUGCCCCUUGAGUUCAGAGCUGGUUGGCUCAGGGAUCUCUCCCUUACCCGUAAAAUGUUGUGUUGAGAUCUGGUUUCUUGGUCUACUGUGGGUAUGAUUCUGGGGACAGCUUAUAGGUUAGUGCAGGAGUGUGCAAUGUGACACCUGCAGGUGCAACUGGGCCCCCUAGACCAGGCUAAAGUGCCCACCAAGCCAUUUUCCCCCUCUGUAAGUGAAUGGAGCAAUUCCUCUAUUCACUUUUAGGGGGAAGGGGGAGGGAGGAGGUGGGGUUAAGCACACCCUCCACAAAUGACCCUCAAAGCAAAAUGGUCCUUGUUCGGGAGUGGACCUCACCCCCUUCUACCUGGUUAUUACUAAGGGGGGCUUUUUCUGUCCAUAUGUAAGUUAAUGGAGAAGUUGCUGUAUUAACUUAACUAGGGACGGGAAAAGCCCCUUCCUGCUGGAAACUGGAUUGAGAAGAGCAAAAUUCACAUACACACACACACACACACACACACGCCAAGGACUCUCAAGGCAACAGGGUCUUUGAUGGGGGUGGAUGUCCCUCCCCUCUAGCCAGCUUUCAGCUCAGGGGUGGGGGUUCUUUCUCCAUGCAAAUGAAUUUCUCCAUUUACUUGCAUGGGGAUGGGGAAAGAAGGGGAG